AUGGAUUUCAUGAAGUCCAAGCUGACCAUCCUCCCGCAGGAGUCAAUCCGCCAUGAGCUGGGUGUGGACAAGAUCUGGAGACGAUUCGAAGCGUGCUUUGGUCCCGCGGAUACUAUGGUCAGCUAUGAGCCGAUCGUGCGGACCUUCUACCAGAAACUAUUUGAAGGCUUAGCCGACGAUGGCAUCAACUGGGUGGAAAUCCGCAGCGGUGGCUCCAGCGGUCAAUUGGUUCACACCGGCCAGGAGGACAUUGAUCCCAAUCUCGAUGUCUGGUGGGAUGUGAUGAUCGAGGAGAUUGAAAAGUUCCAGGCCACCGACAAGGGGAAGAAUUUCUGGGGCAUGAAGAUUGCCCUAGAGCGCAAGCAAAGGUUUCCGGAGCUGUUCAGCGGCUACAAUCUGGUCGCGCAGGAGGAUCUGGGUUGUCUGUUGUCAGACCUGGCCCCCGAACUGAUCUGGUUCCAGGAGCAGACUGAGUAUCUGAAUCUGACUAUCCCCUUCUUUUUUCACGCCGGCGAGACACUUGGAGACGGAAACUCGACUGACUAUAACUUGGUAGAUGCCAUUCUCUUCAAUUCCCGCCGCAUCGGCCAUGGGUUCUCCCUGUACAAGCACCCAACACUCAUCGACGAGGUGAUUGAAAAGGCGGUCAUGGUCGAAGUGUGCCCCAUCUCCAACGAAGUCCUGCGUCUGGCGACGGAUAUCCUCCACCAUCCUCUCCCUGUGAUGAUCGCUUAUGGUGUUCCCACCGCCAUCAGUAACGACGAUCCGGCCAUUCUCGGACAGGACAUUGCAGGUCUGAGCUAUGAUUUCUAUCAGACUAUCCAAGGAUUCGAUAACAUUGGACUUGCUGGACUGGGAGCUCUGGCGCAUAACAGUCUUCGCUGGUCCAACUUUGAGGACCAGUCUGACGCUGACUGGCUUCGGGACAUUGAUCUGGCCGCACGUGGCGAUGGUAUCAAAGCCCAGCGCAUUCAAUAUUGGAAUCAGCAAUGGGAGGAGUUUUGCCGAUGGAUCGUGGCCGAGUAUGGGGACAAGUAUCCUCCUGCCGAGGUUGCCCAGGUCGCCAACUGA